AUGGCAGCCAACGGCACAGUGGGGCCCGAGUCGCAGGACAUGCAGCGCCGCGUGGAUCAGAUCACAGAUGAGUCGCUGGAGAGCACCCGUCGGAUGCUGCAUAUGGUGGAAGAGAGCAAAGACGCUGGGAUCCAGAUCUUGGUGAUGCUGGAUGAACAGGGAGAACAGCUGGACCGGAUUGACGAGGGGCUGGACCAGAUCAACCAGGACAUGAAGGAGGCGGAGAAGAAUCUGACAGACAUGGCCAAGUGCUGCGGCAUCUGCGUCUGCCCCUGUGCCAAGCUGAAGAACAUCAAGGCCAGUGAGGCGUACAAGGCGGUCUGGGGCAACACCCAGGACGGGGUGGUCUCCACGCAGCCCUCGCGGGUGGCAGACGAAAGGGAGCAGAUGGUCAUGAGCGGCGACUACAUCCACAGAAUAACGAAUGACGCGCGGGAGGACGAGAUGGAGGAGAACCUGGUACAGGUGGGAAGCAUCCUGGGCAACUUGAAGAGCAUGGCGCUGGACGUGGGCAACGAGAUCGACAUCCAGAACAAGCAGGUGGAGAAGAUCAUGGAGAAGGUCACCGUGAACGAAGAUCGCAUCCAAGAAGCCAACACCCGGGCCAAGAAGAUUCUAAAAAAUGCCUGA